AUGACAGCAAACUUGAAUGUUCCCGCUCGUCCCCAGGUUAGGAGAUUUUUUCUUGCUGGCCAUGUGUCAUAUGAAGUGUUGGCGGCAAUGCCUGUCGGCUGUGAUCAUAUUGCAUCAAUUUUGAUUCACACAGAAGAUUGUGUCAACAUAGAUUGGUCUCCUCAAGACACCCUUGCGGCUCCCAUUUCAAGUGCAAUCUAUUCAAGUGAUGGUUCCUUGGUUUAUACUGGUUUUUGUGAUGGUGCUAUUGGAGUUUUCGAUGCAGACAGCUUAAGAAUCAGAUGCCGAAUAGCACCUUCUGCUUAUAUGCCUUCACAUGUGGCAGGCAACAUUGCCUAUCCUUUUGUUAUAGCUGCUCAUCCAUCUGAGCCCAAUCAGAUUGCACUUGGCAUGAGUGAUGGUGCAGUACAUGUGGUUGAGCCGUCUGAUGUUGAGAUGAAGUGGGGGGUGCAUCCUCUCAAGAUAACGCGACCCUUCCUUCUAAUUCAUCAAAUCCUUCUCAGAGUGGGAGAGAUUGUAAAUGGAGGCGUGAGGAGUGCAUGA